AUGAACAGUGAGAGGAUUGAGGAGAUAGAGAAGCUUUUAGUGAAGGAUAAGGAGUGGAGGCAUAUGGGAGAGGUUGACAAGACCAAGAGGCCUAAAGACAGUUUGCUAGCGCAGAAAGAGAUUGAUUUUAGGCAAGGGCCACCGCUUGUUCCGUUUUCAUCGAAGCAGAAUGAUGAAAUUGAAAGAGUCACGCUGAAGAGGAUCCGAGAGGGUACGUUUGACAACUAUGAGUACAAAAUCAAGCAGGUGAUCGAGGUUGUGGAUGAUGUUGACUCGGUUGAAUGUGAAGAGGCGAAUGACAUUAUUGCGUUGUAUAAUGAAAUUGAGGGCGAUUUGAUGAAGAUGGUUGACUUUGGAAACAAUGGAUUUGUUCCGGAUGCUGAGGUGAGGAGUGUAAGGAUUGAGGAAGCAAGGAUGGGCAAAAAGAAGCAGAGCAUAUCGUGUCUGGAUAAGAUCAAGAAUGUUACAGUUAUAAGGAAGUGA